AUGCAACGACGGGAGUCCUCGUUGACUACGCCCAUGGCUGCAGAUCCAGUCUUGGCUUCUCUCGCUCAGUUGGGUCUCUAUCGCGUCGGGUGUAGUAACGGUUUUGUCGCCCUCAACGAAGGCCAGGAAAGCCACAUCGUUGUCGGUGUAACGCCCCAUUCGAGACAUGGACAUCACGAUCUCACGGGCCUGGGAACAAAGACGCUUGGUCUGGGGCUGAAAGGCGAUGAUCCUGUCAAUACUUCCAAUGUCGCGGUCGACGUCUCGCGCCGUAUUGUGCAUGACAUUGCCCGAGAAGACGGUCUAAGGAGCCAUCCGUUCGUGCGACAACACCCGAGAAUUCGAUUCUACGCCGAAGUCCCCCUGUACAGCCCUGAUGGGGAUAUCCUCGGGACGUACUGCGUCGGCGACCAGCGCCCUCGUUCGGUGUUUGAAGCGGAUGAAAUCCAAGAGCUACGCGAUGUUUCCGCAUCCAUCGCAGUUCACCUGGAGGGCGUCUGGGCCAGACAUAACCACAGCCGAUCGGACCGCUGGUUGCAUGCGUUGCUUUGCUUAAGCGACGGCUGGCCGGAUGGAGAAUCGCUACGGUCUACUAGCAAACGGAAUAGCGUUGUGGAUAGGACCUCUCGGGGAUCCUCGGAAGUGCCGGAACUCAGACGACUAUCUAUAUCGACCAAGUCGACACGCGAUCUGUCGCCCAAAUCGAUCAAGGGCCAGCAGACGGACCAUGGACCCACAAAUGUACCAGAAUCUCCAUUCUUCAAGGAUUUUUCUCCGGAGCCUAUGAUUCCACCAGCGAAAGAGGAACACCAGGAGCACGUCAGGCGAUGUUCUGAUGAACUUAAUAACCGCAUUUCGGUGUCCGAGGGCGGCGGUUCUUCCCAUCAAGCCUCCCUACUAUUCUCCAAAGCUAGCGUCUUGCUUCGGGAGAGUCUGGAGCUUGACGGGGUUAUCUUUUUCGAUGCCGCGCGAAGCAACUCGCGGUCCAGCUCGUCCGCCAGCGCCAGCGAUUGGGACAAAGACUUUGACCCGGCUAAUGCUUCCCAACUCUCUGGGUCCAAGUUUCAGCCUCGGUGGUCCAAGAAAUCAUGCGAGCCCUUGGGUUUCGCUCUGUCAGGGACGCUUGUCGAGAGCCGCAUGGCAAUGUCUCGAAUCUCGGUCUCUGAGGGUCUCCUUCACGACCUGUUCACUGCUUACCCCCAAGGAAAGAUAUUCUAUCCCCUUUCAUUGAAUACAGGCACGCGGAGACAAAGCGAACAGAAAGAGCUUAUCCAUCACACGACCGCUGCUCGCAUCGCCCACGAGCUUCCCGAAGCUGCGUCGGUCAUAUUCUUUCCACUCUGGAAUUGGGAUACAUCACGGUGGCUGGCGGGCACCCUCCUGUGGACAAGAGAGGGUAAGCGGUUACUCGGACCGGAAGAUCUCGCAUUCUUGAGGGCUUUUGGAAGCACCCUAGCUGCUGAAUUCUCGCGGAUGGACUGGAAAUCAACCGAAAAGUCGAAGUCGGAUUUACUCGGCUCGGUUAGCCAUGAACUGCGCUCCCCCCUACACGGCAUGCUUGCUAGCGCAGAGCUCCUUCAGACGACCAACCUCGAACCGGCGCAAAGAGAUAUGGUUACCAUGGUGGAAACGUGCGGCCUCACCCUCUUGGAUACGAUGAAUUACCUUCUGGACGUCACGAAAAUCAACAACCUCACCCGCGUUCAUAAAAACGACGAGGGGCUUGACGAGGUACACUUCGAUCGCCUGGCUUCUGAAUUCGCGCUGGAUACUCUGGUUGAAGAGGUGACCGAGUCGCUAUAUGCUGGCCAUCGGUCGCUCAUGAACGCCUCCAAGGUCGCUGGUCGGUAUCUCGCCGAUGGCAAUGGAGGGGGAAGUGAACCCGCCGAUGACAAGCAACAGAAGAGGUCUGAUAGUCUCUCCGUCAUUCUCCGGGUUGAUGACUUGGAUUCCUGGACCAUCAAGUCGGUAUCUGGCGGGUGGCGUAGGCUUGUUAUGAAUCUUCUGGGAAAUGCCUUCAAGUUCACCCGAUCAGGGUUCAUUGAGGUCCACCUGACCAAGGAUGUGCAAAGGACGGUAGACGGCAAGACUGUGUUCGCACGCCUGUCCGUCACCGACACCGGAUGCGGGAUGUCACCCGAUUUUUUGGAACACAAUCUGUUCAAGCCUUUUAUCCAGGAGAGCUUCUUGACCGAAGGGGUCGGACUCGGCCUCAGCAUUGUGGAAAAGCUCAUCACUUAUCUGGGUGGAACUAUCCAUGUCAAGAGCGACGUUGGAGUGGGAACGCGCAUGGAGGUGUGCAUUCCCUUGGAGUUUGCGUCUCAGCCGCCCGUCCCCCAAGUCAUCACGCAGGGAGCUGGCCCAGGGGCGCGGACGGUAACACGGGUGUGUUUGGUCGGAUUGAGUCCCGUCGUGGACUUCAAGAGUGCCCCGGACGGUGUUUUGACUGUUGAAGCCAAACGCAAACUUUCUAUUCGAGCGGCUCUGAGCAAUGUCCUCCUCAGCCGACCGGGAUGGGCGCUGUCGUACGCUGACACCCUCCGAGAAGCCUCCGGCGAUGUCGCCGUGAUUGAAGAAACCACCCUGAAAAAUAUUGCCAGCAAUGGCCCGAUGCAUGCCAACUUUAGGACCAUCAUUGUUCUUGGGGACCAGGGAGUCUCACUACCAGAAGAAUUCACCAUUGAAAACGCACAGGUUAUAUAUUUGGCCCAACCCAUCGUCCCACGGCGAAUGAUCGAAGCACUGAAUAGAAUUCUCGUGGAGUCCCAGCAAGAUCCGGGCUUCGCGGCGCUGAGUCCGGUGUUUGGACCCUUCCCGGGGACCGCAACUCGCGGGCGCAGCCUGUCGGAGGCAUUUGCGUUAGCCAAAGGCAUCGAGUCCCCGCCUGUGAUGCGGGAAAACAUGGCCGAAUAUACGCCACCGCCUCAGCAGCACGAACAGCAGGAAAGAGAGCUGCGUGUUUUGAUAGUCGAUGACAACGAAAUCAAUAUUAAGCUCUUAGCCACUUUCAUGCGCAAGAUUGGCUGCAGCUAUGAAACAGCGACCAACGGGCUUGAAGCAUGGGAGAAAUACAAGACCUCCUCCGGCGGCUUCGACUAUGUAUUAAUGGACAUCUCCAUGCCAAUAAUGGACGGUAUAGUCUCCUCCAGCAAGAUCCGCGAAUACGAAGAACAGCAUGGCCUCGCCCGGACAGCUAUCAUGGCCGUAACGGGCGUCGCGUCCAGCACAAUGCAGCAGCAGGCAUUUGCAGCGGGGAUCGACGAUUACCUCGUGAAACCGCUUUCUCUUCACGACUUGAAACGAAUUAUGAAUAUUGCAUGAUUGUUGAUAUCAAUACUUUGGAUUGGGUGUGUAUG